AUGGGCGAGUUUAACGAGGCGGACGGAAUUGCUUUAAAAAGGCUUGGUGAGGAAAGAAAGGCAUGGCGACGUGAUCAUCCAUUUGGAUUUGUCGCAAAACCGAGGAAAAAUGCUGAUGGGACAAUGGACCUCUUGAAUUGGGAUUGUAGCAUUCCCGGCAAAAAAGGAACGCUUUGGGAAGGUGGCCUUUUUAAUCUGAAAAUGCUUUUUAAAUCCGAAUAUCCAACAACUCCACCUAAGUGUAAAUUUGACCCCCCUCUUUUUCAUCCCAAUGUUUUCCCAUCCGGUACAGUAUGUCUCUCACUCUUAGAUGAGGAGAAGGAUUGGCGUCCCGCAGUCACAAUUAGACAAAUUCUUCUGGGUAUUCAAGAUCUUCUAGAUCACCCAAACCCAAAGGACCCUGCUCAGGCCGAUGCUUACACGCUCUUCAUUCAAAAUCGCAAGGAAUACGAUGCCAAGAUUAAGAAACAGGCUGAGGCUUUCAGAAAUCCCAAUUUGGCAUAA